UGACACCAGUUGCUAACCGCUGCACCGGUUGUGAAUCUUGACCCCCCCCACCUCCCAGUCCAUCCUUUGAAGCACUCCCCAGCAUGAGCUCCUCUCAAGCAAACAUGGACAUCCUGGAUGAGCUGCAGCUGAUCGCUGCCCAAAACCUGGAGAAGCUGGAGGUCAACAAGUACUAUGAGGUGAUCAGGGAGUUGGGCAAAGGCACCUAUGGCAAGGUGGACCUGGUCAUCCACAAGAUCCGAGGUACAAAAAUGGCUCUGAAGUUCCUGAAGAAGAAGACAACAAAGCUGAAGUCUUUCCUACGGGAGUACAGCAUUUCUCUGUACUUGUCCCCCUGCCCCUUCAUCAUCAACAUGUUCGGCAUCGCCUUCGAGACAGACGACUACUACGUCUUUGCUCAGGAGUACGCUCUGGCAGGAGACCUCUUCGAUAUCAUUCCUCCGCAGGUUGGUCUUCCUGAGGCGGUGGCAAAGCGCUGUGUGCACCAAGUAGCCAUCGCUCUGGACUACCUGCACUGUAAGAAGCUGGUCCAUCGAGAUAUCAAGCCGGAAAACAUUCUCAUUUUCGACAGGGAGUGCCGCAAAGUCAAGCUGUCUGACUUUGGCAUGACCCGUCGAGCUGGCUCGCCCGUGAAAAGAGUGAGUGGCACCAUCCCCUACACAGCCCCCGAGCUCUGUGAUGUGUCCCGCCAUGAGGGUUUCUGCGUGGACUACAGCACCGACGUUUGGGCGUUCGGCGUGCUGCUCUUCUGCAUGCUGACCGGGAACUUCCCCUGGGAGAAGGCGCUGCCCACCGACUCGUUCUACCAGGAGUUCGUCCACUGGCAGCGGAGGAGGACGAACACGGUGCCGUCGCAGUGGAGGCGCUUCACCGAGCAGUCCCUCCGCAUGUUCCGCCGACUGCUCUCGGUUGAGCAGGACCGCCGCUGCUCCGUGAAAGAGGUGUUCGGCUACUUCAGCCACUCCUGGAUGCUGGAUUCAGAGAGCGACAGCAAUGGCAACGCAGGAGGCGGAGGCGGCGAUGGAAGGGAAAUGGUUGGCAGCAGCAGUAGCGGAGGAGGGGGAGGAGGAGGAGGAGGAGGGAAGACGCGAGGAGACAUGGAAGGCACCAGCUCCACGUCUUCAUCCGGUGAGGAGGACGAAGAGCUCCUGGUGGAGAGGAUGAAGCAGCAGACUCUUUCGCCGCGCUCCCCCCUUUCGCCGCUUUCUCCCAUGGCGGUCGAGAGGGGCGGGGCCAAAGGAGGGAUGAUAGAACCAGGCGGGGGGCACCAUUUUGUUUCCGUCUCUACCAACAGCUCUGUAUCGUCCACCAACAGCUACGACCGGAUGCCGCGAGAAAACGGUUCACCGGGGGGCCGCAUGCUGGUGGCCACACCCAUAGAAAUCUGCGUCUGAGCAUGACUCAUCACUUUUAUACCUCUCAUCCAACCACAGAGAUGUGCAUGCAUGGGGGGGGGGAACUAAACCUUCUAAACAUUGUAGAGAGGGAGAGCACAUGUGUCGGAGAACAGUUUUGUAGAACGCACACAUUCCUCGUUCUCCUGAAAAGACGACAAAAACGCGUCCUGUUUACAAGAUGAGUAUCGGUUAGUUUGUCACUAAAACCCUUGGGAAAAAAAACCAAAAUGUAUUUCUGAAAGCAAUACUUGCAGCAAAAAAAAAAAAGAGCAAAUAGCAUUUUGAUGAAGCCAAGGGACAAACGAAACUUUUUUUUUUUAGAUAAAGACCGAAACAGCUGAAGAGAAACCCGUAUUUUACGGUGCUUUGGUGGUUUCAGGUGUUUCAGGUGUAAGAAAAAUGUGAAAGUGUGUUUGUGUGUUUUGUGUGUAUGAUCCUAACAGAAGUGGGUUUAUUUUGUUUUGAGAAUUGUGUUGUUUAUUCAGAUCUAAAAAUGACUAGAAAAUCUAUUUUUUUCUAUUUUUUUAAGGUAACUUUUUGUGUUUUUUUUUUAUUUUUAUUUUUUUUUCUGUUUUACUAAUUGUUGUUAAGCUAGCAUCCAGGCUCAGCGGUCCUGGAUCUUCUUGUUUGUGACGUAACGUGUUUGAUGGACUGAAGAAUCGCCCACAGUAGGCCUGACUCUUUUUUGUUUUAAUCUAUUCACUCCUGGAAUUCUGUUUGUAUAACUUUAUUUAUUGUAAAUCUGUCUGUGUUGCAUUUAGUUUAGUUUUUUUUCCCCAAAAAUUUUAACUAAAAUAUUUUUUGGGAAAUAAAAAAGACGGCAUUAGCUCGAUGUAAAACAAAGGAAACAACAGCAGGUUUUUUUCUAACUGCGUGAUGAGCAGUUCACCCUUGAGUCCUAAAAAAGAAACAAUAUAAAGUCCGUAUUGCUGCCACCCCAGCAAAAACAAAACAUCACCGUGACACGUUAAAAAUAAAAAAAUUAUCAUUACCUCCAUCCAUUAUCUUUAACCCACUUCUUCCUUUCAGUGCCACAGGGACACUGGAACCCGUAUCCUUUAGUCAUUGUGCGAGGGGUCACAAGUCCAUCACAAGGCACACACUUUUACAGUAUAUGUAUUUAUAACAUGAGAACAAAAACAUCCCUCAAUAGUCAUAAUUUAAAGUAGAAAUUGUAUACAGAGCCUGCGAGAGGACAUCAGGGGAUUUUUCUUUUUUUUGCAUUCCGAUGCAACACUUUUGCGUGACCUCGCAGUACUGGAAUGUUUUGUAUUGAAUGAGACUUUUAUUUUGAAAUAUCCAGUUGGUGGUGAUAAUGUGUGGCUGCAUAGAGUUAAAUAUCUGUAUAACUCUAUGCGUGGCUGUGAUAUGUUCAUUAUGAAGCUGAAUUAAAGUAGUAACUCCUAUAUAAUAGUGUGCAUGUCAGGCUAUUAAUAGACUGUCAGGUUCAACAGUAAAGAAUAAACGUCUGUGAGGUAACACAAAACUUUAAUGUGAGAAUGCAAAGAAAAAAAAUCCUAUGUACUCACAUUGUUUAAAUAUAAAAUCAAAUUUCACAGUCCAUAGCAUGGCAUUUUGUAAUAAUGUAAAAAGAAAACCUUUUGGGUGAUAAAUAUAUUGCAUUAACAUGGAAAUAUAYUCUUUUAAAGCAAAAACGAAAGAAAUAGAGUCAAUAAACUUUUCACAAUUCUAGUUUAUUUUUGCUUGGGUGACAGCAACAUGCUUCUUUAAAAAAAUAAAAGUUAAGGGUUUCAGAAAUGACUAUUUCUUUAUUUUUGCAGUAGCAUAAUUCCUUGCGUUGUUUCCGUGGGUAAAACCAAAACAAAACAUGAAUUUCUUAAUAUGUUGAGAAAUUCUGGGACUAAAAAAGUAAAUAUUAACUAUUUUUAUUGUGUGAUGUAUUUGCAUUAAUGUUGUGGCAUUAUCUCACCUCCUUCAAGAACAGAAAAAAGAAGCAUGAGGACACAUGCUUUAAUUGUUUAGCACAGCUUAUGUGUAUAUUAAAGGGAUAUUUCAACCCUUUUAAAGUGGGUUCUGUGUGAAAAUUAUGAAGGAUUAACAUCCUACCUGUUGCAGAUAGCUUCUUAAACAACUUCAGUUUGGAGAAAGAAAAACCUGUCUGACAGGGCUGAUGAGCUAAUGACUAGUCAGAAAGCAGCUAGGACCAAAGAGGAUCGCUGCCAUCUUAAAAAACUCAAACCUCCUAAACUUUGCACCGAUUCAUGCAAACGCUUUUAAAAACCUUUGCAAUGUCACCAGUUUUGCAUCACAUAUGUUCACAUACAGUUCUGUGAUUAUUCAAAAGUGAAAGCAGCAGCAGCUAGCUGCAGCACUUCCUGUUUAGCAUGCAGAUACCUCCUGCAGGAAUUUCCUAACAUUUUUGCAGAAAUGAUUAUGUAGAACUGACGGCAACAAAAAUGUUUUAAAUAAUAAUAACUGCAGACAUUUGUAGUUUUAGGGCAACAGCAAUUCAUUAUUGGAUGUGUCUGUGCUAACUCACCAUUAUUGGCUUGUAAAUACAGUUGGAGGAGACUUGUGUUAAAAUAAGUCCAAUCGCCUUCGUUUCGGUCCAGAAUUGAUGAAGGUGUAAAGGUUUACAAAACAGAGUAUUGUAUGAAAGGCUAUGAAAUGUUUGAGACUGGAGCUGUUUUAAACAAUUACUCACUUUGGUUUAACUGCAUUCUGACCAUCAACAUGAAGUAACAUGACAUCCUCAUGUCACGCUGAUGUUAAAGCUAAAAAAUGAAUGUGCUCCCUCUGUAAACUGGUGCCAGGACGGUUAGAAAGUUCAUGCAAACACAAAAGACAAAAAAAUUUAAAUACUCAUUUUUUCCCCAAACGUUGACUUCUCCUUUGAAGCUGUAUUUACAAAUAUUAACUUUUUAUUGUUUUUAUUGUCAAAUUAGUUGAUGCUUAAAAAAAAAGAUUGUGUGCUGAAGAGUAGGCGGGGCUUAUAGCCCCACAUCCCAACCGCACAGACUCUGGUUCCAAAAAUACAUCCACAUCAGCUGCAGUGUAAACAGCAGGGAGAGGAGAGGAUGCUCCUGACGUUUCAUUACCUCAUCAGUUCUGUCAGACGUUAUUUCUCCCAGCUGAGGUACAAAAAACAAUCUAAAUAUUAACUGUUCAUACUUUUCUCCUAAACCCCUUUAAAAUGGCCAAAACAUCCAUUUAAAUAUCAGAGUUUUCUCUUUAAUUGUUUUUAGUAUAGAAAGGAGCCUUUUUUAAAACCAAGUUCAAACCCAUGAUAAAAAAAAAGAAUCCAUUUCUUGCUGACUCUUCACGAGGAUCACAUAACUAAUCGAAGAAAAGCGCUGAAUCAUGUYCAGGAAUGGCUGCUGCUUUCCAGACCUAAUUCUGCAUGAAAAUGUGUAUGUGCUACAAAGCUUUGUUGUGAAGCCGUGCUCCGUGUUUCCCCACUCUACAAACUGUAGUUCUCUGUAGCCGUAGACUAGCAGCAAACGUUUCUUUAUCUUGUGAGAGUCAGUAGCCUCAGCAUGGAUCUAACAGCCUGAGGAACAGCUACCCCCCCCACCCAUUGUGUAUUUCCAUCAUGUUCUGCAAAGCCGCUCCCCACAUUCAUGAGUGCAUAUGCAAAUGACUACAUCUUGUGACAAUCUCUGACCUCAUUGGCAGCCAUUUGACUCAGAACAAAGGACCACCCUGGUACGGAUCCUGCUGAAGUUCUGCGUCGGCCAGCCACGAGCGGAGGCCUGCGCGUGAGCUCACCGCUGCGGCCCCUCCUCUGCUGCAGCAUCUGAGUCAGGCGGCGCCGCCUGGACAUCUCACCCAUAACGUGUCGUGUUGUGAUGGAGUGCCACCGUCUUUCAGUUUGGUGACCAUGUUUCAAAGCAUCAGAACUUUAGUGGCGUUUUAGUGAGUAGAUGACAGUGGCACUAGAACUUAUACCCCUCCCCCAACCCCAGUUUUGUCUUUGCAAUACAACUGUCUUCCUGUAAACUGAGAUUUAGUCAAUAAAAUGAAACUCCAUGUCGGC